AACACAUUGUAUUUUACCAAAUACACAAAAUAACAUUGGUUUUUAGCAAUGAAAUAGGUGCUCUUUAACAUGUUCCAUGUGCAAUAAAAUACUCCACAUUACAACAAAACUCAUAAUAUGUAUUAUUAACCACAUGCUGCCAUGUAAAAAAAUUGUCCGAAACAACACAUUGUAUGUUUUACAUUCAGUGAAAAGCACUGGUUUGUAUAAGAGUCAUUGUUUUGGCGUAAGUCCCGCUGUGUGUUUCAUCCUGUGGAUAAGAUGAAUACUGUAGCAGCAGAAAACACAAUAAAAGUACAAUAUUUUACCAUGCUGUUUUGUCGUUAUACGCUAGGAAACAAUAAAUGAUGAAUGUUUGUUUCUUUGGGGGUCUCUUCUCCACCCUCUGGAAUUUGGAAUGGCUUAUAUAAUGUUUUUGCACCCCUCCACUCCAAUGUUCACAUUUCCCAGUCCUGAACAAAUACUCAAUCAGUACACAGAGAAUCCUGCCAUCUUCUUUAACACCAUGAUCCUAAACGUCAUAUACGACAGCCUUGAUUUUAAGAGCUGGAUGAUUUUGAUUUUUGUUUUACUGAUUUUGUAUGAUGUUUUCAAAAAUAAGAAUCCAUCUAAUUUCCCCCCGGGACCCUUGUCUUUACCAUUUCUGGGAACUAUCUUUACUGAGAUGGAUUUUAAGACCAUGGAUAAGUUGACUGAAGUCUACGGAAAUGUAUUCAGUUUGAGAGUGGGCAAUCAGAAAAUGGUAGUCAUUUCUGGUUAUAAACUGGUAAAGGAGGCCCUGAUUGAACAUGAUGGCUUUGUUGACCGUCCAGCGGUUCCCAUAUUUCACAAAACAUAUAAGGGAAUAGGCAUAACUAUGAGCAACGGAUAUCUGUGGCAAAUGCAUAGGAAGUUUGCUCUCUUUCAUUUGAGGAACUUUGGAGAUGGGAAAAAAAACCUUGAGCUUAGGAUCCUGCAAGAGUGUGUUUACCUUUGUGAUGCCUUUAAGUCAGAAAAGGAACCAUUCAAUCCCCAGGUCACAUUAAACAGCGCUAUCUCAAAUAUUAUUGCCUGUUUGGUGUUUGGACAACGCUUCGACUAUCAUGAUGAAAAUUACCAAACCUUUCUGCGCCUUGACAAUGAAUGUGUUCAGCUAGCAGGCUUAACUAGGACACAGUUGUACAAUGUGUGUCCUUGGCUUUUUGAAUACAUACCUGGCCCUCACCAUAAGUUGUUUGCCAACUAUAAGAGGAUCACAGACUUCCUGAGUGGAGAAAUAAAAAAACACAAAGAGGACUGGGACCCUUUAAACCCUCGUGACUUUAUAGACAGCUACCUGGCAGAGAUGGAGAAGAGAAAGAGUGACCCAGAAGCUGGCUUUAAUAUGGAAAGUUUAGUGGUGUCUUGCCUUGACCUGGUUGAAGCUGGGACAGAGACGGCAACAACAACAUUACGCUGGGGUUUGCUCUUUAUGAUAAAGUUUCCAGAAAUACAGGUAAAGGUCCAAGAAGAGAUAGAUCGAGUCAUUGGCCAGAUUCGUCAACCCAGCUUGGCUGACAAAGUUAACAUGCCUUAUACUGAAGCCGUACUCAAUGAGAUACAGAGAUUUGGUAAUGCCGUGCCACUGGGAUUCCCAAAACAAGCUACUAGAGACACUAUGAUAGGGAAAUACUUAAUUCCAAAGGGCACCGACGUUACAACAAACCUGUCUUCAGUUCUGAAUGAUCCAGAUGAAUGGGAAACACCUCAGACCUUUAACCCUCAACACUUUCUGGAUGAUAAAGGCCAGUUUCGAAAGAGAGAUGCCUUCAUACCAUUUUCAGCAGGUAAGAGAUCAUGUGUGGGAGAGCAGCUGGCCCGUAUGGAGCUUUUUCUGUUCUUCACCUCCAUACUGCAGCGGUUUACCGUCUCUAAAUGUCCAGGAGAGGAACCCAGUUUGGAAGGAGAGAUAUGGUUCACAUACGCUCCUUCUCCCUUCCGCAUGUGUGUGACCUCACGUUAGACUGGAAAAUCAUGAAUGGAUCAUUUUGUUUUUCUUCUAGGUUCUCACUUUUUGUCCUAAAAUAUGACUUCAGUGCAAUUGAUGUGUAAUUUAUGCAAUACUUAUUGCAAGCUGUAUUGUUCAUAUAAGAUUAUAAUUUCCUAUUAAAUUAAUGGACAGCUUUAGUGUGUUUAAAAACCUUUCCAUCAAUAAAACAUGUCACCACUUGUUUCACAUGUGAAAUUCAUGCUAUCCACAUGUUUAUAUGCUUUCGGUAAUAGCCUUUAUGCAACAAAAAAGAUCAUGCUGCAAGU